AUGGAUAAUAUACAGACGGGGCAGGCGACGAGGAGGAAACGAGGAAGCUGGGAAGAUGAGGAGAGGAAUAAAGAGGAGCAAGAUAGUUCAGGGAAGACUAAUGAGGAACAAGAUAGUUUAGAGAAGAAUAACGAGGAACAAGAUACUUCAUCGAAACCAAAUCCUGGAGUGACUUUUCAAAGUGAACCAAAGUCAGCACUGCAACGUGAAGCUUCCAGGCGCCGCUAUCUUGUUCAGAGACGUGCUGCCAAAAUUGAAGAGCUCAAGCAGGAAAUUGAGAUUUAUGAAACGAAACGCCUUUCAGCUUACGAAGAGAAAGAAUACAAGAAGAAGAAACGUACCCUUGAAAUAUUACUAGAGCUUGAUGAUGCCGAGCCGGUUCAGGCUUAUAACAUGCCAGCAAGCUACAUUGACGAUAAUGGACGACUAGACGCAAAGCGAACCAACGAAGCAUUGCAUGCCAAGUCUGGCUACGAUGAAUCGUAUGUUCAUCCUCAGAAACGUAACAAAUACGACAACGAAUGGGAGUCUAAACAACUAGAGAGAGCGCAGCAAAUGGUGGGAGCUGGCGAUUCAAUUCAAGUUGCAGACAAUGACAAUUAUGAAUACGUAUUUGAUCGUUCUCAGCAUGUCGAUUUUGGUGAUAUAGAAGUUGACGAUCCUGGUUCUGACGAGGUUUCUGAACCAAGUGGUGUACCAGAUACCAUUCUGGAGGUCCGCAAAUCCUUACCAGUAUAUCGUUAUAGAAAAGAGUUUCUCGAUCUCGUGGAAGCUAAUCAAAUUAUAGUUGUUGUUGGAGAGACAGGUUCGGGUAAAACAACCCAGCUCCCACAGUAUCUUCAUGAAGCAGGUUAUACGCUGAAAGAUGGAAAGAUAUUGAAAGUUGGGUGUACUCAACCAAGAAGAGUUGCAGCUAUGUCUGUUGCCAAAAGAGUGGCUGAGGAAAUGGGUGCUCGUCUUGGAGAAGAGGUUGGUUACAGUAUGAGAUUUGAAGCUCUUACAAGUGAGAAAACAGUACUUCAGUACUUGACAGAUGGUAUGCUCCUACGUGAGUUUAUGACGGAUCCUGAGCUUUCUUCUUAUAGUGCGUUGAUGAUCGAUGAAGCCCACGAAAGAACAAUUUCCACUGAGGUGAUUUUGAGUUUGUUGAAAGAUAUAACAAAAGUCAGAAAAAAUCUCAAAGUCAUUGUGGCUUCUGCUACAAUUAAUGCCGAAAAGUUUUCCCAAUUCUUCGACAAUGCGCCUAUUUUUAAUGUUCCUGGUCGUCGCUUCCCCGUGGAUAUCCACUUUACAAAGAGCCCAGAAGCAAAUUAUAUCCAAGCGGCCAUGACAACUGUGUUCCAGAUCCACACAACACAGGGUCCUGGUGAUAUUCUUGUGUUUUUGACGGGCCAAGAUGAGAUUGAAACUAUGCAAGAGAGCAUCGAUGAAGCAUGCGAGCGACUAGGCUCGCUGAUAAAAAAAUUAAUUGUCUGUCCCAUUUAUGCCAACUUACCCUCUGAGCUCCAAAGCAAGAUCUUUGAGCCCACCCCUCCAGACUGCCGUAAAGUGGUUCUUGCAACGAAUAUUGCCGAAACUUCCAUUACCAUCGAUGGUAUUUCGUACGUCAUAGAUCCCGGAUAUGUCAAGGAAAACGUAUUCAAUCCUGCUACAGGUAUGGAGUCGUUGGUGGUUGUUCCAUGUUCUCGCGCUUCGGCAAACCAACGAGCUGGUAGAGCUGGAAGAGUAGGGCCUGGAAAAUGCUUUCGGCUUUACACCAAAUGGUCGUUUGAUAAUGAGCUUCAACUAAACCCCACGCCGGAGAUUUUAAGAGCAGACUUGACUCAAAUCGUUCUUUUGCUCUUGUCGUUGGGAAUUACCGAUCUAGUCAACUUUGAUUUCAUGGACCCUCCCAGUUCGAAUGCACUUAUCAAGUCGCUUGAAUUGUUGUAUGCACUUGGAGCUCUCAAUUCCUCUGGCUCUUUAACUAAGACAGGAAGAUUAAUGGCAAAGUUUCCUAUAAGUCCCAAGUUUACCAAGAGUCUCAUAACUGGCUCAGAUCUCAAGGUAAUUAGCCAGAUACUCUCGGUGGUGGCCAUCUUGGGCGAAAGCUCUAACCUUUUUUAUAGGCCAAAAGACAAAAAGGAGCAGGCUGAUUCAAGAAAGGAAAGUUUUGCGGAGCCCCAAGGGGAUCAUUUGAUGUUGCUUAAUUUGUGGAAUCAAUGGAAAGAUACUGGAUACUCUAAUCAAUGGUGUCAGGACAACUUUGUGCAAUACAAAACUCUCAAAAGAACAAAAGAAGUCAGAGAACAAUUAGAGCGUUUAUGCUAUCAUGCCGGGAUGUUCGACGAGUCUGACGAGCCUGUGGAUCUAGCACCAGAAGAGCAAACAUUACGUAUCCAAAAGGCUAUAGUUUCUGGAUUUUUCACAAAUGUUGCUCGUUUGUCAAAAAUGGGAGAUUCUUUCAAGACUAUAAAAAAGAAUCAAACGGUAAGUAUACAUCCCUCAUCCGUUGUAUACAAGCUAAAGCCACCUCCCAAGCUUAUAUUAUACCAUGAACUUGUCUUGACCAGUAAGGAGUUCAUGAGAAACUGCAUGACCAUCGAUGACGAAUGGCUCCGGGAAGCAGCCCCACAUUACUACUCUUCAAAAGAGUUGGAAAUGGUUGCAAAAAAGAAAAAGUAG